CCCUGCGAACAGAAGCAAAAACGAACUGUCAAAAAUAUGUAGAAACAAAAAUUUCUUCCUGCGACCUCUUGUGGUUGCCCGAUUUUCAGAAAUAAUAGUAAAAAUUGUGCAAUUAUUUCAAGAAUUACAAUCAAUUAUCAUAUUUAUCCUGAUCAACUAGUAGAUUCCAAGUUUCUUCGCAAUGCUUGGUCAAUUUUUGUGCAGCCGAUUUCCGGCGCUAAGACGAGCCCUCUCGACUGCUCCCAAGAUUAAUCCGGCAGUACUAUCCAACUCCAAAGCUGCGGAUCGCUUCAGACCCGGUGACCGGUACAAUGGUUUCGUCUGUACGCGAACUCAGUUCAUUCCGGAUUUCAACAUGACUGCUUACAUGUUUUCCCAUGAGAAAACCGGUCUGGAGUAUCUGCACAUCGAUCGCAAGGAUUCGAACAAUGUGUUCUCCAUCAACUUUCGGACCACCCCGUUCGAUUCAACCGGCCUGCCUCACAUAUUGGAGCACAACGUCCUGUGCGGAUCGCAACGAUUUCCUGUGAGGGAUCCGUUUUUCAAGAUGUUGAACAGAAGCUUGGCCACGUUCAUGAAUGCCAUGACCGGACCGGACUAUACUCUGUAUCCCUUUUCCUCCACCAAUGAGGUUGAUUACAGAAAUUUGCAAUCUAUCUAUUUGGAUGCGGUCUUCCGACCGAACUUGAAAUACUUGGACUUUCUGCAAGAAGGGUGGCGGCUGGAACACUCGGAGUUGCAGAACAAAAACUCGGACCUGGUGUUCAAGGGAGUGGUUUACAACGAAAUGAAAGGAGCGUUUUCGGAAAAUUCGGCUGUUUUUGGGCAGAAGUUCUUCAACAAAAUACUGCCAGACCAUACGUACGGAUACGUUUCCGGUGGUGACCCGUUGGAGAUUCCCAAACUGACGCACGAAGAUUUGGUGAACUUCCAUCGGAAGUAUUACCAUCCGAGCAACGCCAGGAUCUACAGUUACGGAAAUUUCGACCUCGAUCGAACGAUGGAAUAUGUAGACCAACAAUAUUUGAGCGAUUUCGAGAGAAUCGAUUCCAGCUAUAGCGUUAUUCCACCGCAGAAACGUUGGACUAAACCAGUGCAGAGUCACAUUCAGAGCCGUUUCGAUAACAUGGGCGCCCCUCUAGAGCGGCAAAACCAAAUAGCCGUAGGAUAUUUAACCGCGGACAUCACCGACGUAUAUGAAUCAUUCCUGAUGUACAUUCUGACCGAACUGUUGGUAAAGGGUCCGAAUUCGUACUUCUACAAGAGCUUGAUCGAACCGAACAUCUCCGGUGGGUACAAUCAGUUGACGGGUUACGAUCCACACAUUCGUGACACGAUGUUUGUCGUGGGAUUGCAAGACCUGCCGGCGGAGGACUUCGGAAAGGUUCAGAAAAUUUUCGACCAGACCAUCGACGAAGUUAUCGAAAAGGGAUUCGACCGGAACCAUUUGGACAGUGUGCUGCACCACAUCGAGCUACAAAUGAAGCAUCAGUCGACGAAGUUCGGCUUGGGACUGCUGUUCAAUUUGACUCCUCUGUGGAAUCACAACGGAGAUUUGAUCAAGUCGAUGAAUGUAAGCGCGCUAGUUCAGGAAUUGAGGGAUAAUCUAGCACGGGACCCGAAGUAUCUGCAAAAGAAGGUUGAGUACUACUUCCGAAACAACUCUCAUCGGUUGACGAUGACCAUGUCUCCGGAUGAGCAUUACGAUAAGAAGUUCAACGAGAGUGAGAAGCAAAACUUGGUUGGAAAGAUAGAAAAGCUCUCAAACAGCGAUCGAAACAGAAUUUUCAAGGAAGGUGUUCAACUGUCGGAGGAGCAGAAGUCGGUCCCUAAUACGGAGGUACUACCCUGCCUAAAACUUGAAGAAAUUCGGAAUUCGCCAGAGCAAAAUGACGCAACAGCUAAUCUAAUCAAAAAUAUCCCGACUCAAACGGUCCGAGUCGAUACAAAUGGUGUUACCUACUUCCGCGGUAUUCUGGAUGCCAAACAACUCUCCGAGGAAGAAAAGCUGUUGCUUCCUUUAUUCAACUCUGUGAUCAACCAGUUCGGCACUAAAGAUAUCAACUAUCGUGACUUGGAUCAACUGAUUAGCUCAAAGACAGCUGGUGUGAGCUUUAGCACUCACCUGGUCGAGGACAUCAACGACAGUGGCCGUUACGAGUUUGGAGUUUUGGUCGGUUCGUAUGCGCUGGAGAAAAAUGUGCCGGAUAUGUUCGAUAUUCUGAGUAAAAUUUUCAACGAAAUCGAUCUCACCGAUGUGGGCCGAUUUGAAAUGCUGCUAGAGAACUACAUGUCUGAGCUUUCGGUUGGAAUCGCUCAAUCCGGUCAUAUGUAUGCCAUGCAAAACGCCAACGGACUGGUCACCGAAUCAGGCAAACUUCGGGAGCAACUGAUGGGUAUCGAACACAUAGCAUUUAUGAAGAAUUUGACGAAGGAGAACUCUCCGGAACAGAUUCUCGCGAAGUUGCGUUCGGUGGCCGAGACCCUGUUCCGGAAGUCCAGUCUACGGUGCGCCUUAAACUACAAUACCAACAGCGAAGACAAAACACUUUCCGAGUAUGAGAAAUUUAUCGCAAGCAUUCCUCAGCGUAAAUCCGAAACUGCAUGGAACACUUCCAAGGCUUUGGAUCCAUCGUGCCGUCAAACUGUCAUGAAUAUACCGGUCAAUUACUGCGCCAAAUCAAUCGUCACCGUUCCUUACUCCCAUCCGGAUUACGCGCCACUCAAAGUUUUGGCCAAGUACCUUUCCUCCAAGUAUCUGCUCCCGGUUGUCCGAGAGCAGAACGGUGCUUACGGAGCUGGCGCCAAAAUAUCCACCGAUGGAUUGUUCAACUUCUUCAGUUAUCGGGAUCCGAACUCCCGGGGAACGCUGGACGUUUUCGAUGGUGCUUACCAGUGGACCCUAGACAAUCUAGCCAAAAUGGACCAGCAAACGUUGUUCGAAGCCAAGUUGGGGGUUCUACAGCAGUUGGACGUUCCGAUCGCGCCCAUGGAUCGGGGAAUGGACCUCUUCCGGUAUGGAAUCAGCGACGAGAAGUUCAACAAACAUCGGGAUGCGGUGCUGGCAGUGAGCAAGGAUCAGCUGACACAGGUCAACGAAAGGUAUCUCAAGCCAGGAGCCGUCGAAGUGGUCGGAAAGAGCGUGCUUGGGCCGGAGAAUGAUGGGCUCAAGAAGGAGGGCGAAAAGUGGACCGUGUUUGCGUUGUAAAUUUGCUGUUGAUUGUUGUUAAUACGUUAGAAAUAAAACUGGACAUUAAACACUA